GAUGUUUUGGUUUUAAGGUUAAACUGUCAUAAACGUCAAAAAGAAAAUGAACGUUUCUAUUUCAGUAUCUAGACGAUUCCAAUGAAAAUAUAUAAAUUUAGUUAGUUGACAAUUAUUUGUGUUGAAUUUUUUAUAAGGAAUUAGAACUAUUUCAACGCUGUAGUGGUAAAUACGAUUUAAUUUAACGUCUUUUGUCGCGAUACUAUGGUAAAAAUGGAGAAUUGCUGUUUACCAGAAAACAGUUUUAGAGAUUUAUGGCAAAAAAUAGGAAGGUGCCAUUUGAGUUUUCUUGAAUUAGAGGAAAGCAAUGAAAAAAUAUAUCAAAGAAACAAAUUAGAAGAAUACAUUCACGAUUUUUUGUGUAUUUCUGAGCAUUACAAUAAAUUCAGUUUUCACGAAACUAGUGAGGUAUUUGAACUUUCGGCAGCUUAUAAAAAAGAUUAUAAAGCAGCAAUGGGUUUUAACGCUAUACAAAUGUACGCUGGUAAUUUAUUAGCACAACCAUGGAGAAAAGAGUAUCGGCAAUUGAAAACUUAUUCCGGUUUUUAUAAACAUCAAGUAGAAGCUAAUUUGGUUGGUGCAGAAAAAAUGUUUGAAGCUAUGGGUUACAAAUCUUGCGGGGAAGGUUUAUUAAUCCUCGACGCUCCUGUUUGUCCUGAUAGAGUAUCCGCUAUAUCAAUGGAUUGUAUAAUAGCUUAUGUAGAAUGUCAGAUAUCAAAAGCGAUAUGGGACGAAGUGUGUAGAACAUUUAAAAUAUCGUGGUUAGAAGUUUUAGAAUUUCGAAAAAAUCAUAUUUGUAGCCCAGAACAAUGUGCUAACGCACUAAAAUGUAGACAUCAUCAACGACAGUAUCAAGAACACAACGUUUAUCAAUCGGUUCGAUGUCAAAGUAUUCCAGCACCUUUAAUUUCUCCAAUGGUCCCCAUGAAUCAUUCUUUCCCCCCAGUUAGUACACAUCAUCACGUAGGACUUCCUCUACAACAAGAUUAUAUGGUAAACGGGGGUUAUCCUAUAUACACAGUUCCAUAUAAUUGUAUUAAUAACGAUUAUUUAUACAACGUCCCCGUUCCUGUAAAUAACGUUUAUUCAGGAGAUGUAGCAUUAAUACCAGUUGAAUCAAACUCGAAUUCUUCAUAUGAUGUAGUGGAUACCAGAACUAGAACCGCUAAGAAAUUAGUCGAAACCGAAUACGAAACAACAACCGAACAAAAAGAUUCCCGGUUGGAGGAAUGGGAUUACGUAUACAAGAAUCUCGAAAGCCAAGGUUAUAAUAAAGAUUUAGGAGAACGAGGGGAUUUAUUGAGUCCAGUUAUUAGUAAACAACAAAAGGAAAUUAAAAAAGUGAAGCAGACUAAUCUCGAUGAGGUUGUAAAUAAUUUGAGCAUCUACGAUAGACCUUUGAGGGUGAGCGAUGUACCCAAGAAAUGUCAGAAGGUUAACGAGGCCGCGAAGCUUCCCCCCAAAGAAAAACCGGUCGAAAAGAAACCGAAAGAUGAGAAAAGUAUGAAGAAGAAGAUUAUAUCGAAAGUUGUAGCCGAAGUAAAGGAAAAAUGGACUUGUAAAGCUUGUACUUUCUUGAACGAAUCGGCGAAAUGUAUUUGCGAAAUGUGCGGGAAAAGUAAAAACGUUAAGGACGAAACUCCAAUCGAAGUCGGAGGAGCUGAAUGCAGUAAAUGUACUUUAGUUAAUUCGAAGAAUAUGCAACAGUGCGAGGCUUGCGGAACUAAUUUGGAGGGAUCGCCGACUUAUAUAUGAAAAAUUCGUUUUUUUUUUCAAAAAAUUUGAGAUUCAUUUUUUGAGUAUUUCAACUGCUUUCGAUUUGAUUAUACGUAUUUAGUGUGAUUCGGAAAAUUAGACGAUUCUAUUUAUACUUAUUUGAUCCCAUUUGACGAAAAAGUGUGUAUUCAAGGGUGUUUGUUAGUUUUUGUAGGGUAAAAAUGUUUAACCGUGCAAAUAACACCCUUGUUAGCAAAGAAAAACGUCUUAACCUCACUUUGACGAUUCUUUUCCAGUUUCGGUUGAUCUGAUUUUAGCUUCAAUUUUUUCGAAAAAAAAAAAAUUAUUUCCCAAAUUACGUACAUUCAAGUUACUUAUUAUGACGUGGAAUAUUGAAAAAUUGGGUUUUUACAGUUAAAUAUUUUUUAAACUGAAUGUUUUGUUGACGAUAUUUUCUUUUCACAAUAAUCCAGUUUCUCCUUUGGCUUUUUAAAUUAACAAUAUUAGAAGAAAUUUUAAACUUUAAAGUAGGUGGAAUGAAAUUUGCUUUAUUUUUGAAAAUUGUUUCAUAUAUAAACGUAACAAAAAAAUCUAUGACUUUAUUUUUUUUAAUUAUACAACACUAUAUUUCACAUUUUCUCAUUAUUACUGUUGCCGAUACAGUUACUUUUUACAUUAUUUAUUUUCAAAAUAAAUUUUACAACUUAACUGACUUAUUUUCGAAAAAUCACCUUAUUUCCUUACCUCUAUUCCUAAACACGACGAUAUGGACAUAUAGUGUGUUCAUUUUUACCUGAUGUUUGUAUUAUUGAUAAAUAAAACAAUUGGAAGGUAAUUGAAAAAAAAUUAUCAAAUUCUUAUUAUAUUAGACUUUAUGAAUUACCCUGUAGAAGAAAAAUACUGCUUAUAAUUUGUGAAUAACUCUGUAAAGUCAAAUAAUGCUUAAACUUUGCGAAUAACUCUGUACAAGUCAAAUAAUGUUUGAAGUUUGUGAUUAACCCAGUACGAAUAAAUUAAUGUUUAAACUUUGUGAAUAACCCUGUACGAAUAAAUUAAUGUAUAAACUUUUUGAAUAACCUUUUACAAGUCAAAUAAUGUUUAAACUUUGUGAAUAACCCAGUACGAAUAAAUUAAUGUUUAAACUUUGUGAAUAACCCUGUACGAAUAAAUUAAUGUUUAAACUUUGUGAAUAACCCUGUACGAAUAAAUUAAUGUAUAAACUUUGUGAAUAACCCUUUACAAGUCAAAUGAUGCUUAAACUUUGUGAAUAACCCUGUACGAAUAAAUUAAUGUAUAAACUUUGUGAAUAACCCUUUACAAGUCAAAUAAUGCUUAAACUUUGUGAAUAACCCUGUACGAAUAAAUUAGUAUUCAAACUAUUGGAAUAACCCUUUACGAAUAAAUUAAUGUUUAAACUUUGUGAAUAACCCUUUACGAAUAAAUUAAUGUUUAAACUUUGUGAAUAACCCAGUACGAAUAAAUUAAUAUUUUAAUUUUGUGAAUAAACCUAUUCAAAUAAA